GUUUGGAGCAGAAAUGUGGGGACUGGCUAUGGGUUAUGGACAGAAGGCUGGCGGUGUACAGCAGGCUCCGAUGAAUGGACCCCAGAUCAUAUAACGUAUAGCGGGAGUUGUUCAAGUGGUUCAUCAUCACAUACUGGCAAAUGGUUGCUGUGGAAACAGCAUUGUUGCACCCUUGAUUAGGGCUUGCAUCGGCGUCAUUCCGACAUGAAGGCCAUACCUGCUGGAGAGGGUUGUUAUGGUGACACGCGACCAACCAGACGACCAAUCAGCUGGGACCAACCGAGACCCGAGCAGCAAACGUCUCCAACGAGAAACAUCGGAAACAUCCCGGUUUCAUCGAGUUACACGAACGACUCAUCACGUGCAGUAUGGCAGAGGGCUAUUCCGGCAGGGCUUGGGGACGUAACUCCUGCCCCAUCGUCUCCCCGGCGGACACGCCCCACCCAACCCCAGGGAGAAGAUAACCUUAACCAAAACCGAAAUAUCGCUUAUGACAUAGGUGAUGACGUAAAUGACGACGUGGGUCCCAGAGACUCAAUCCCAUUCACUCCUCCGAUGACCCCUCCCCUGUCUCCAACCUCCCAUAACGCCCCCUAUCACAUAGUUCUCAAACGGACCAAGCUACCAUCCCCUCACUCCCUCACUGGUAACCGACACUACAUGGAAGAGGCACAGACACUCAGUGAUCAGGCAGACCAAUCACAUGAUUGUAAACUGACCAAUCAUGCGUCUAAAACGUUUCCGGAACCUCUCUUGUUGUGCAAAUUUAUCUGCAGAAAGCCCAGGUUGGCGUUUGGGCUUGCUCUGACCGGUCAUCUGCUGAUUGCCUUCGUCUCUGCUCUGCUCUAUGUUGUCGGGUAUGACAUACUCCCCACCAACUUCAACUCCAUUCCAUUGGACCUGCGAAAGAAAGAAGUCUUCCUCAAACAAGAAGCUUGGUUGAAUCGGGACCGGAGCCAUGAUUUGUAUUUCCGGACGAGAGCAGGGCGUCACGUUACAGAGCGGUCCAUUAAGUACGAAACUCUGAACACUUACAUCAUCUUCGAGCAGGAAGGGGGCAAUAUCUUCACCAAGGAAAACAUGAAAGCAAUACGUUCUCUAGAAGACGAAUUUUAUAAAGACGAGAAUUACCAAUCAAACUUUUGCCUUUUAAACCAUAGAAACAUUUGCGAGCGUCCUUUGUCAAUCAUACGAUUUUUCGACGGAACGUAUGCUUCUCUACACCCGGUGUUUAACGAUACUGAAUUCGAUCGAAUCCCAGAGGUGUUAUCAGCUGCUUAUAGUAAUCCGUAUACAAAGCGCGUGUUGCAAGUGUUCUUGGGCAAAAACAGUCGGAUUGACUUGCAGAACAGGGUCGUGGAAUCUGAAAUCACCCGACUGGUUUUAUACUAUGGUUAUCCGUUAUCAGGAUUUAACUCCACAAGGGACGACAGUAAGAAACAGUAUGAGAAAGUAGAAAACUAUUUAAUCGACCGUUGGGCAGCUCGAUGGAAAGACAUAUCUAUGUCUGGAUAUAACGGCAUGAGGUUUUUGUACAUGAAUCUCGCCGUGUUUUGGCAUGAAGUGAAUCUUCAGCUGUUCUAUGACCUUUUGUUUAUUGGCGGUAGUUUUGUUUUCAUCUUUCUCUUUAUGUGGUUCCAGACACGCUCAAUAUGGCUAACGUCCUGGGGUAUGAUGAGUACUGUGUUCAGUUUUAUUGGUGGUAACCUGGUGUACAAUGUUGUUCUUGACUUUAAGUACCUGGGAAUCUUCCACGUCUUGUCCAUGUUCAUUAUUCUCGGUAUUGCCGCUGACGAUGUUUUUAUUUUCUGCGACACCUGGAAGUCACUGUGCAAGGAACCAUUCCCAAGCGUGGCUCACCGUCUGUCGGAAUGCUACAGGCGAGCUGCUAGAACGAUGUUUGUCACGUCUUUCACCACAGCCGCAGCUUUCUUCAUCAAUUCCUUCUCUCCAAUCCUGGCCAUUUCCUCAUUCGGAACCUUCUCGGGGAUCACCGUAUUGAUGAACUAUCUCUCUGUUAUUUUGUUCUUCCCUACGGUCCUCGCCAUGUGGCAUCUAAAUUGGGAGAGCGAACCCCUAUGUGGAUACCAAUGUUCAACGGCUGAAGCGGACAUGUACCCGGGCCUACCUGACACUGAGGCAAUGACCAGUGGCAAGCAAAAAGACUCUCUUAAAGAGGACAGAAGUAUUAACGCUCGAAUUAUGCGGUUUUUGUCUGGCCCAUAUUUCAGAUUUUUGAUGAACAAUGUCGUUAGAGGGACAACAUUGGUUGUGUUCACAGCUCUUAUCGCCGUGUUCAUCUACUUCUCCACUACCCUAACCCCAGAUGAUCGGAGACCCAGGGUCAUGAAACCCACCCACCAUUUUGAGAGGUUUGACGACAGAACCCUAAAUUCAUUCCAGCCCAGCGGCCAGGACGACAUCACCAAAGUGUUCAUCGUGUGGGGUCUGAAGCCGCAGAACCGAUCCUCCUGUCACCCUCGCCGCUUUGCAGACUGUGUUGGUUCUACUGUAUGGGACGACAGCUUUGACCUGAACCCACCGCCUGCUCAAGAUGCCCUGAUGAAUUUUUGUAACAAAUUAUCGAGUUUCUCAACUGAAGACACAGACUAUUACCGAAUAAGGCGAGAUCUUACCACAAACCAACCAGAAGUGAAAUGUUUCCUCACGAGCAUGAAUGACUUUUUUAAGGUGGAAGAGGACAGCAUUCUGCCCAAUGGUACAAAAAUUUACGGUGACAUUGAUCUUCAGUUGCCAACAACAGAACUGAAGAUGAGGCGGUUUCUCCGAGCUAACCGGAAACUCUUCAGCCAGAAAAGCUUCCAUCGGACGUUUUAUCGGUAUUUUGAGACGGCUUAUUCUUAUUGGAUAUCCAACCGAUUUAGCGGAUUCCCAACGUUUGAAACUCAGAAGUUUAGCCGGUGGAUUGGUGAGGCUUUCGACCCACGUGAUUCACACAAUGUCAAAGGUCAAACAGGAGUUCUCUACGGCACCCGAUUGAAGUACGCCGCUGUGGCCGUCAACCUCUCUUUGACUGCUGGCGCCACCUACUACCGGGAAGGCCUGGACAUAUAUAAUCGCUGGGAGAAACUGAUUAUUCAUGAGGUGAGCCAGAUGCCACCGUCCCUUCGCGGGGCCUUUCAGACCACACCUCUCACUUGGCACUGGUUUCACAUCCAGGAUAAGUGGAAGAGGUUUCUAUUGUAUUGCCUUUAUGUGAGCCAGAUGCCACCGUCCCUUCGCGGGGCCUUUCAGACCACACCUCUCACUUGGCACUGGUUUCACAUCCAGGAGGCCCUGGUGGAGCAGGGAGGCAUCAGCGUCAUCGCCGGGGUCACCGUCGCUUGGCUCGUGCUAGUCGUGAGUUCCGGCAAUUUCAUUGUGGGAUCCAUGGCAACCCUGGCCAUCGCCGGAAUAACGGUGUGUGUGAUUGGUUGCAUUCCUCUAGCAGGCUGGAAGCUUGGGGUGCUCGAAGCAAUGAACAUGACCCUGGUGGUAGGGCUAGCCAUCGACUACGUGGUCCAUCUGGGUGUGGCCUAUAGCCACGCCCCUUUCACUGAUCGACAGAGAAGAGUUCAGCACGCACUGCACGAGCUGGGUCUAUCCGUAUUGUGUGGCGCCGUUACAACAAUGGGUUCCGGAUUGUUCAUGAUGUUUGCACAAAUCCUGUUUUUCACACAGUUUGGUAUUUUCAUAUUUGCGACGAUAGGGUUUUCAAUAUUGUUUGCUCUCACUUUUUUCGUCGUUUUACUGUCCCUUAUCGGACCACAGGGAGAUACUGGCUCAACUCGGCCGUUGCUGCAAUCCUUGUGGUUCUACUGUGUGGGCAGACGCCGGGAGGAUGUGGACUGCGCAGUGUGUGAUGGAAAAGGAUUCGUGCGUCCCGAGAGCCUGACCAAUCAUGUCACAGGAGAUGUGUUCGGGUCUAUCCGGAGCACGGCCUGUUAAUGGUAGUGCAGUCCGCUACGAGUCCGCUAUUUAUUGACCCUAUUCUGUUUGAUACAUGACUUUUCUAUUAUAUUGUCUUUGUCGAUCGUUUCCAGAACGACCUAUAUACCUGUGCAAAGUCUUGUGAUAUUGGCUUCGCUUAUUACAAUAGAUCUCCGGCCGUAAGUGGGAAGGUCUGUCAGCAUCCUGUGGAUGGCCAUGGGUUUCCUCCCACCAUAAUGCUGGCCGCCGUGGUAUAAGUGAAAUAUUCUUGAGUACGGCGUAAAAUACCAAUCAAAUAAAUAAAUCAAAUAAAUAUUACAAUAGAUUAACCUGGUUAUUAGUACGUUUUACAUUUGCUGUAUUCGGAACGUUUGCAUGAUCUCGAUAAGUAGUUUGAAAGAGGACUAUGAUUUAGGUUCAGACCGAGGGAGUGAGAGGUGCGGAUUCACAUACUGUGUUAAUGGGAUAUACAGUGUGUCUUUUGAGUGCCAGUUUGCUAAUGUUGGUGAUUAAGGAAUUAUCAGUAAGAAAUGUGUAUACCUUAGACACUUAUGUGCGUACUAAUAUGAAAGAUUGAUAUUUCUGGAGAGAAACUGAGGACUGAAUGGACAAAAAGACUUUUGAUAGGUUUUUGCCUGUCGCUAGUCAUAAGCUACACAGUUAUUAGGAAGAUUUUGGGCCGAGUCAUUGGCCUUAUUUUCUGUAUUAUGGAUACAUUUUUAAGGAUAUGUCUUUAAUUUUUGGUGUUUCUGUUUGAGUGUGUAUUUUUUUAAUCAAAUGACGCCAGCUAAACACUAUAUGUUGAGUAAAUGCGGGUUUGUUGUAAACCGUCACCUAUUAUUGUUAGUGGUAUUUCAGACAUUAAAACACACGACAAUGCCACAAAAGCACGUGACAAUGCAAAGUAUCUGUUUAUGCGCCGUAUUGGGCGGUUUAUUGGCUGUUUGUACAUUUUAGAUAUAGAUCUAUUUGACAAUUCUCGUUGUAUACGUUUUUAUUUAAGCCUAUAUUUCGUCUGCGAGGCAGAGAUUAACGAAACAAAAAAAAUGUGCGUUUUUUUCUCGUUGUGUUUAUUAACACUUCAUUGCUUAAGGCUGCAAUCUGAGAACGGACAUGUUUUUUGAAUUAAGAAACUGUUCUCACGUUCAAUGAAGAUCACAAAUUGUUAGGUUAUGUAGCCAAUGCUGUAUACUCAUCGCUUUGUGUCGCAUUGUGCGGUCGCAAGCAGAAGUUUGUAACGUUUUUCAUCA